UCAAAAAAUAAAGCUGCGCGCUAAGCUACGUAUAAGGUUUAAGAUUUCUAAGGCUGACGACGCGUCGGGAAUAAAGUGCCAGGAGCAUAUGGAAAACGCGCAUCUAAUAUAAUUUUGAAAUCAAAUCGUGAUAAUAAACAGCUUAUGAAACAAUUUCAAGAUUCCUAAUGCAAAAGAAACGAUUUGCAAAGGUCGAAUAAUUUAGAAAGAAUUUAAAUAUUCGAGAGGCGUAGUCAUAAAUUAUGCGCUUUUAAGUACACAUUAAAUUUCACAUCAACGACGCAAAGGACACUCGACAAGCAUUAACUGCGCAUCGAAUUGGCAAAUAAAUUAAAUAAACACAAACGCAAGCGCAGCUGCAGCUGCAGCCAAAGCCAUUUGAACAUGCCUUCUCUGUCCCACGCACAUUACGCCCUGGUCGCGCUGUUGGCACUGCUCACCCUGGCCACGCCCCGGCCGGGCAGCGCUUACUCCUACAGCAUGCGCAUGCCGAGCGGCACAGAUGUUGCCGGCACCGGCACCGGUACGCCUCCACGUUUGAUCAGCAAGCUCUUGGUGCAGUCACCGGCGCUGGACAACAUUUACAUGGACUAUCUGGUCACCUCGAGGCCGGUCAAUCUGCGCAAAUACAACAAAAACGGCAGCAAAACAAAGAAAACCAAGAAGGACUCGAAAAUCUAUUUCAUACCCAUACCACCGCUGCCGUAUCGCUACAUACCCGGUGUUGGCUACGACUAUCAGCCCAUGAAAAUCAAGCCCAUUCUGCAGGAGACACCCAGCUCGACCACAUCUUCACCCAAGCUGACCACGGAUCGCAGCUCGAUUCCAACCACAGCGACUCCUUUGACUACGAUGACCACGCAGAGCAAGCUGCUGCGCGUGCAGCACCACAAGGACUACUACUUCAAUGGACGCCCCUUCCGAUUGCAGGUGGCGCGUGCCGAUCGCAAGUCAGCGCUGACGCCUCUUAAUCUUAAAUCGAAAUUCUAUUACAAUAAAAACAUAAUUUAUUAA